AUGGCAGCUCUCCAUUUGAAGCGGCGCCUCAUCGGGUCGGAGCUUGCCAGACCCCCUUGGCAGCCCUUGCUUUCUAACUUCCAAGUUACCUGUCACCAUCGAAGCCGUGAAUGUGCUGCUGGCCUUCUGUCGUAUGAUAUCUCGAACAUGGGUGACCAGGAAACCUGCAUAUCAGCUCCAAAUCCCAUUUCUCAUGAUUUGUAUGCCUCUUUGGUGUUCUACUUCAAAUAUGCGUCUUCUGCGUAUACACUUGUGUGCCCGCGCCCUAAUGGAAACAUGCUGGUGACGCAGUUGGCGAACCCUCUAACGGACAUACAAGGAUUCGUUGCUCGUGAUGACCAUCGGAAAGAGGUAGUUAUUGCUCUGAGAGGCAGCGCUUCAGUGACCGAUAUAUUGUUGGACUGUCAUAUCGCCCUGGUUCCGUUUAUUUCUCCUGGAGUGAAGGUUCCACCCGGCGCUCGCGUCCAUGCCGGAUUUCUUCUUGCAUGGGACUCUGUCGCUCUCGAAGUGAUAACAGUUGUGAAGAAGCAGCUAUCAGCCCACGAGGGAUACUCCGUCGUUACUACAGGUCAUUCUCUCGGCGGAUCUUUGGCUCUCUUCGCUGCUGUCACCUUACGGCAAAAUUUCAAAUCUGUGCAUAUCAGAACGUAUUCUUACGGGGCACCGCGAUCAGGGAACAAAAUAUUCGCCGACUACGUUAAUGCGACUUUCGGAGAAGCCGCUUAUAGAGUCGUUCACGGAAACGAUGGAGUGCCCACGAUGAUACCGACUGGCCUCGGGUACCACCACCACGGCGUCGAAUAUUGGCAACGGGAGAGCCCACCAUCGGAGGAGACCACCGUCCAGUGCAACGCCGAAGGUGAAGAUGCUACUUGUUCGGCUUCUAUACCGUCUCAAGGUGUUAAUGUGGCACAUACGAAUUACUUUGGUAUUCUGGUUUCAACGCCGUUUUGCCUUUAG